AUGUCCGCAAAUGAUCCCUUCUCGUUUGUGGCUGCUGAGCAGCCCAAGCCCGUCAAAGAAAAGAAAGCCAACUGGAGGGGUAAGCUCUUCUCCAAAGAAAAGAAAGAUCGACCUGCGGCCGACCAGCAGCAGAUUGAGGACUUCCUUGCCUCGAAUCGACCUGUCACCGAGACCGUCUCCUCCCCGAAAGCGGAUUCAAGAGAUGCGCGCCCAGUCAUUUCGACACGCCAAAUUCCCUCGUUGAACGGUGUGCCCCAAAGUCCGGUCUCGUCGAUGCAAUCGCCCUCCACAGACGACUAUGCCGCCUUCGAUUUCAAACAAACCACCUCGCCCAGCGUUCGCGGUGGGUAUUUCUCGCGGGAGUCUUCUCAACAACAACUAUCUCAUCCCAAAACCAAGAAUAUACUCAAUCCGCGGAAAGGCAAGGGCCUUCAUGUCGAGUUCUGCAAGUUGGCUCCGGAAUUGAUCGGCGAGGGUGGUGAUGAGACAGAUGCCCCUACUAUUGAGAUCUCGCGCACGCGACAACGGCACCAUGAGAGAGUAGCGUCGGAGCAGCCAGCCCCGAGUGUAUCCUCGCACUCGCCGGAUGCGCAGAGCUCAUACCUGCCAGCCUUAACGGUCGACACCUCGCUCGGGAAUUUCGAGAGACAGACCGUUGCAAAUCCGGAUGCGGCCUGGCGACCACCUCUCAUACAGAACCCGCUUGACUCUGAGUUUCUCAGUACAUUACAGGCCCAAAAACCUGGGUCUCGGCUUUCCUUCCGUGGCUCGGCCGACGCACAUUCAUUGGCGGAGCGUGUUCGGGAUCAGAUGCAGGCCGAGGAGGCUAGAGCCCUGCAGCAACAUCGCGCAGAGGAUGACCUUCUGUCUCCUGCCGAUGAAAAGAGCGACAUCGGAAGCCCUGACUUGCCGCCUGCCUACAGUUCGCAGAGUCCCAGCAUAUCAAGUCACGCGGUAUCGCCUCAGUUAACGAGCUCCUCCUCGAUCUUGUCCACUACCCACCAAAUUCAGAAUAUCAACAGCCCCAAUGAGUCGCGCAUGUCGACAAAUCUUACUCCUAGCGGCUCGAUGAAUCUUUCUUCUAGGACACCCACUUUGCCCGUUGACGGGUCAACCCAAUCCCCACCUUCAGCGUCUCCAGCUCCCUCUCCUGCAACCCGUGAACCAUUGCGCACCGCCCACAGUUCCGGCUCGAAUGACAGUGCUUCUCGUCUUGCUACUCCCCCCGGACGAGAGCCGGCGCGCAGCCCGCAGCCUCCAAAGUACUCCCUUCGCUCCCUCGCGGGCCAGGUUGGCGAAUUGGCAUUCAAGGAGUUUCAAACUUACAUCGAUACAUAUAGUAGCCAGAUUCAUCAGGCCGCACAAGAUGUCAAGCCCGUUGAGGAGACGUCUCUGUCAGAAUGGAUUCGGGCGGCAGUGUGGUGGUUCUUGCGUGGAAGAUCACAGUUGGAAUCAUUUGCACGAUCUCGCAACUCAACCCCGGCCAUUCAUGCAAAGCAGGCUGUCAUCAAUCUGGGCAAGGCAUUGUGGAUCAACGAGAAAGUCGUCCCCGGGCACUUUGAGCUCUCCCGGUAUGGGUCCAUCAGUGUCGAGGCCAUCUUGGCCGUUGCUAGUACCACGGGUCAAAGAGAGACAGUCGAAUUACUGAGCGCUCACUCGACAAUGCUCAACCACCUUCGCUCUUUGUCGAUGUCGAUUAAACGCAACAAUAUCCUUGCCGAUACCCUCAGGGACGAUGGUCAAGGUUCCAACCAGUUGGACAUCUCUGUGUGGGUUCGAUACCCAUUCUUUGCUGCCGAUGUGGCGGCCGUCCUCUCGGGGAGUGCCUCACGGUCAAUGUUGGCCGAUGCGCCCGUCAGAUCGUCUAGCAUUGUGAGCAUGAUGCCGCUCGGAGAUACCGCCCAUUUCUUCACCUAUGGAAGCAUGUUUGUGCAGGCCUAUGUCAGUUCAAGGGAAGACGAAGGAAAACAAUAUGCCAUGCCGUGCGUCUUGUCGAUCACCCGCGAGCGUUCUGACUGGUAUGUGUGUACUGCGAUCACAAGUCAGAGCGCACUGGUCAAUGUCGUGAUUCAGGGUGAUCGCAAGCAGGGACCCACCUGGGAUGACGUGGAUUGGGACGGCCGUAACCAUUCCUUGCGGGUGAAGCUGCCGCGAGGGUUUGAACUUGAUGUCCUGUUCGCGGAAGACGAUUUUAGAACUCUGUGGAAUAUUGUGAGGUACACACGAAACUCCGAGGCAAGCCUGUCACCCGAGGCUGGUGAGACUGUUGUGUUCGAGAAUACUCUCAAAGCCUUUCAAUACAUGGAUCCUGGCACGCCCAAGGCAUUCCCUGCGGAACCUACAGAGAGAUGUCGGAUCCGCUUGUUUGAACGGCAGGUCACAAUUACCGAAGGAACGGGAUCGCGAAAUGCCCAUCGCGGGUUCCGUCUGAGCGUGUUGACCAGCCCCAAAGUGAAAACGAUGAGUAAUGUGACGCAUCGUCUGGGUGAUGGAUGGCCUGUGGUCUUCGGUCUGUUGCGAGGCGAAGACGGUAGUCCCGCGCUUCUGUUGAAGGUCACCGAAGAUGGUCGAACACGGUCCAUGUUGCUGACGUUCCAUGAGGUCGAGGAGCGAACGGAAAUGCAUUCGGUGCUUCUGAGCAUGCUACCUCGCGAUGGCGAGGUAGCCACACGUGAAUUGCCGUUGCGCUCAUAUAUGAUUGAGGAACCGGCAAAUCCAGCCAGUGGCCGAUCCCCGUUUACGCACUUGCAGUUUCCCGGCGGCCACGCCAGUGUCAUUGAUCGGGAGCAUACCUUUGUGGACCACGGAUAUGGUCCCACGAUUCUUUCUGAGCAUUUGCGCGCUUUUGUUGCCACUGAGUGGGGCUCUGUGACUGACCGGAUUAAUUUGGGCCCUGGUGAUUUGCGUCUUGGCUUGGAUGUCAAGCGAGCCACGGGAAUGAGCCUGUUUCGCGCUCCGCAGCACGAUCUCACAAUAUCGUUGGCGGACAAUUUGAUUCGACCUGAAAUGCCCGAACAGGUCUCGGAAUUUUUGCGAAAGGGCACAGCGAAACCGAUGAUUCGCCGAUAUGAAUUUACAACAGUGCAGGAUCUCCAUGCUUUUCAGGAAGCUGUGACUGGUUUCAAGGUCAUCUACGACGGAAUCGCUUCUCUAUUCACCAUCUCCCGCCGGCGCAUGGUCGUGCCCAUCUACAAGAAAUGGGAAGCCAGCUCGGCCCGCGUCCAGAUUGUCCAACAGGAAAAGAUCGUCCAGCUUGUUGCUUUCUUCAGCGAUUUCCAGCACGGCACUUGCAUGAACUUCGUCUUGAAAGGGACUGACCAAAUCGAAUCUUUCACCCGCUCUGGUAAAUUUGGCAUUCGCAUUCUCGACGCCAAGUUUGCCUUGCCCAAGAAGGACGAAGAUGCCGCCUCGGACUUUGUGUGCUUGGAUAUGCCCGAGUAUCCGAUCGAGCAUGACGAUAUUGGCAUUGCUUUUGACACCGAGGCCGGCCGGAAUGAUUUCAAAGCGGUUCUGCCCGGCUCCGUCCGCGAGCCAUCUCGCAUGGUCUCUCUUCGCCGCUGA